UGUAUGUACAGUUUUUUCAGUUUUGAAUCAAAAUAUUUUGUAUAAUCUGUAUAAAUCUGGGACUAUUCACCACUUACAGUUUAGUCCAUUCAGAACAGUGCGCAGAAUUGAACUACUUAAUUUUAUUACUGAUCUCUUGUGAUGUAAACAAUACAAGUUUAUUUCCGAAGAAAACAUUCCAUUUAGUAUUUUUCAUCACUUUUCUCUAAUUGUUUUUUUUUUAUAUCUGAGUAGUUUAUUUAAAUUAAUUAAUUAUGAUUCACAGCCUUUUUAUUAUAAAUCAGUCUGGAGAUGUUUUCAUGGAAAAACACUGGAAAAGUGUAAUACAUCGGUCUGUAUGUGAUUACUUUUUUGAUGCUCAACGUAAAGCAGCUUCACCUGAAGAUAUACAGCCUAUUAUAGCCACUCCACAUCAUUACCUUAUAAGCAUCUAUCGAUGUAAUUUAUUUUUUGUUGCUGUUACAACUUCCGAAGUAUCACCUCUUUUUGUGAUAGAAUUCUUACAUAGAGUGGUAGACACAUUUGAAGAUUAUUUUGGAGAUUGCACUGAGUCUCUUAUUAAAGAACACUAUGUUGUUGUGUAUGAGCUUUUGGAUGAGAUGUUGGAUAAUGGUUUCCCAUUAGCGACAGAGUCAAACAUAUUAAAGGAAAUGAUAAAGCCUCCAAACAUCUUGAGAACUAUUGCAAAUACAGUAACUGGCCGUUCAAAUAUUAGUAGUACUUUACCAACUGGACAGCUUUCAAGUAUACCUUGGCGAAGAACUGGUGUCAAAUAUGCCAAUAAUGAAGCAUACUUUGAUAUAAUUGAAGAAAUUGAUGCCAUUAUGGACAAUCGAGGAUCUGUCAUUUCUGCUGAAAUCCAAGGAUGUAUUGAUUGUUGUAUAAAAUUGAGUGGUAUGCCUGACCUAAGCUUGUCUUUUGUUAACCCUAGAAUAUUUGAUGAUGUUAGCUUCCAUCCCUGUGUGAGGUUUAGACGUUGGGAGCAUGGUAGCUAUGCCAUUUUAUAUCCGUCAUGACAUCAGUGGUUCAAAGUUGGAAAUAAUUGUUGGACCUCAAGUUACAAUGGGAAAAGCAUUAGAAAAUGUUGUUGUGGAAAUUCCUAUGCCAAAAUCUGUUCUAAACAUGACAUUGAGACCUUCUCAAGGAAAAUAUACUUUUGAUCCAGUGAGUAAAAUUAUGGUUUGGGAAGUUGGAAGAAUAGAAUCUUUAAGGAGACCAAGCAUCAAGGGAUCUAUUUCUCUUCAAAGUGGAAUGUCUAGUCCUGAAAGUAAUCCCACCAUAACCGUAAAGUUUACAAUCAAUCAGCUGGCUAUUUCUGGAUUAAAAGUAAACCGUUUGGACAUGUAUGGCGAAAAAUACAAGCCAUUUAAAGGAGUGAAAUAUGUCACUAAAGCUGGAAGAUUUCAAGUUCGAACUGACUGAAAUAUGUUGCCUAGAAACUUUUGUUUUAAAUGUACUAUUUAUUUUUAGGGUAAAUGAUAUAGUUUUAAUUGUUAAAUAUAAGAUAUUGAACAAUGAUCAUUUAAAUUUUCCAUUAUGUUUAUCAUAUGAUUUCAAUUAUGUUUAUUAUUCUGUAACUGAGUUCAAAUUCUGUAUAUUUUGUUGAAAAUUUAAAUAUUUUUAUAAGGAAAAAAAAUGAGUACUCUAAAAA